AUGGAGCAGCAUCUGUGCACCGCUCUCCGGGACAAGCUGCAGCUGCUGACGGUGCCAGCAUGGGAUGGUGCCACGCUGCUGCCCUCCACACGCUUGCUGCUGAAGAGGAGGGAGGUGGCAGAGGUGGAGCGGGCACUGCAGAGACAACGGGAGGAGUUUCAGCAGAGGAUGGAGCAACUGGUACAGCACCAGCAGCAGCUGGGCCAGAGGGAAAAGCAGCACCAGGAUGUCACCCUCAAAUUUGAUGCCUUCCUCAAGGGCUUGGCAGCAAGGCAGGAGCAGGCACUGCAGCAUGCAGACAAGGAGCGGGCAUGGGCAGCAGAGCAGGGUGCCAAGGUUGCCCACCUGUGCCAGGAGCUGGAGGGGCUGCUGCAGCACAGGGACCACCUGGCCCUGUGCCUGCGGAGCCUCCAGGUCUUCAGUGACUACCUGCAGGCCGUGCUGGCCAGGACAGGGCAGUUCCAGGAUGUCCCAGCCAUGCUGGCUCAUUUUGAGGCACUGGUGAGGCCAUGGGCAACCCUGGCACAAGAAGCAGAAGCUGAGCAGGAGCAGCUGGCCCUGGGCUGGGCACAGCUCCAGCAGCAGCAGGAGGAGAUUGACAGCAAGCUCCUGAGCACCAACAACGAGGUGUCCCAGCUCCAUGCAUGCCUGGAGGCUGCCCCCCAUGAUAUGCUGCAGAGGGAGUCCCACUGGGCCCAUGUCCAGAGCACAGCCACCCAGGAGACCCUGCUGCUGGGCCAGAUCAAGCUGGCAGUGCUGAACCUCUUCCAGCUCACUACCAGGUGGCUCGAGUUCCCUGCAGACAUAGCCCUGGAGGACACUGAAGCCCAGCUGGAUACGGACCUGGUUGUUCAAGGUGGCAAAAGGAGGGACAACCGCCCCCAGCACGACACUUGUAGGAAGAACAAAGGGGAGUGA